GAAAUGAAAAUCUGCUCGGCCAUCAUUAAUCUGUUCCACUUAAUUCCGGCUGCACCUCAGACUCUAGUGAAGCCUCUGCUGGAGGUGGUGAUGAAAACUGAACGGGCUAUGCUUAUUGAGGCUGGAAGUCCAUUCCGUGAGCCUCUGAUCAAGUUUCUGACACGUUACCCGGCACAAACUGUUGAACUUUUUAUGAUGGAGGCCACUUUAAAUGAUCCUCAAUGGAGCAGAAUGUUUAUGAGUUUUUUGAAGCAUAAAGAUGCGAAGCCUCUCCGUGAUGUGCUGGCUGCCACACCAGGCCGCUUUGUCAACCUGCUCUUUCCUGGUGCACAAGCUGCAGUAAGGCCUGGGUCUCCCAGUACCAGCACUAUUCGAUUAGAUCUCCAGUUCCAAGCUAUCAAGAUUAUCAGUAUCAUAGUGAAGAAUGAUGGGAACUGGCUAUCUGGCCAACCUCAGCUAGUGAGCCACUUACGCCGGGUCUGGGUGAGUGAUGCUUUCCAGGAGCGCCACCGUAAGGAAAGCAUGGUUGCCACUCACUGGAAGGAACCAAAGCUUCUUGCAUUUUGCCUGUUGAAUUACUGCAAACGGAAUUACGCAGAGAUUGAGCUGUUGUUUCAACUGCUUCGAGCAUUCACGGGGCGUUUUCUGAGCAAUAUGACCUUUCUGAAGGAGUAUAUGGAAGAAGAGAUUCCAAAGAAUUACAGUGUGGCACAGAAGCGUGUCCUGUUUAACAGAUUUGUGGAAUUUUAUGAUCCAAACUUUGGAGAUGAGCUUAAAGCCAAGGCUCUACAGCACAUAUUGAUCCCCGCUUUCCAAUACAGCUUUGACAAAGGUGAAGGGGAGCAACUUUUAGGGCCUCCAAAUCCUGAGGGAGAUAAUCCUGAUAGCAUCACAAGUGUUUUCAUUACAAAGGUACUGGAUCCAGAGAAGCAUGCUGAAAUGUUAGAUGCUUUAAGGAUUUACUUGCUGCAGUUUGCAACUCUUCUCGUUGAGCAUGCACCACACCACAUCCACGACAAUAAUAAAAAUCGAAACAGCAAACUGAGACGCCUGAUGACAUUUGCAUGGCCUUGCCUGCUUUCCAAGACCUGUGUGGAUCCAGCCUGCAAAUACAGUGGCCACUUACUACUGGCUCAUAUCAUAGCCAAAUUUGCAAUUCAUAAAAAGAUUGUCUUGCAGGUUUUCCUCAGUUUGCUCAAAGCUCAUGCUAUGGAAGCUCGAUUGGUAGUCAGGCAAGCGAUGGCCAUUUUGACUCCCGCUGUCCCUGCUCGCAUGGAGGAUGGGCAUCAAAUGCUCACCCACUGGACAAGAAAAAUCAUUGUGGAAGAAGGGCACACAGUGCCUCAGCUGGUUCACAUUUUGCAUCUUAUUGUUCAACAUUUCAGGGUGUACUUCCCAGUGCGACAUCACCUUGUGCAACACAUGGUUAGUGCCAUGCAGCGACUAGGCUUCACGCCUAGUGUCACCAUUGAACAGAGGAAAUUAGCUGUCGAUCUGGCUGAAGUUGUCAUUAAAUGGGAGCUGCAGAGAAUCAAGGACCAGCAGCCAGACUCUGAUCCUGACGGAAAUGGCGGUGGUGAGGGAACCAGUGCAACCAAUGGCAAUGUCAGACGAGGUUUAUCAGUGGAUUCUGCUCAGGAUGUGAAACGCUUCAGAACAAAUGCUGGAACUGUGUUUGGACGAAGCCAGUCCUUAACAGGGGCAGAUCAUCUGCUUUCAAAACCUAUUGAUAAACAGCACACUGAUACUGUAGUAAAUUUCCUCAUCAGAAUAGCUUGUCAG